AUCCCAAAAAGAGUGUUCUUUUGCACAAAUUUUACAUUUUCAUCAUCAUUUUCUAACGAUAAUCCAUCUCCCUUCUCUCUCUCUCAUCACUCUCUCGUUCAUCUUCAUCGGAGUACGCGGAUGGGCUGGUUUCCUUGUUCUGGACAAUCGGACCACUUAGCCAAGAAUAAUCGGAAGAAGUUUAAGAAUAAGCAUGCGCUUGAUCCGAUCCAGCCUACUUCAGAGAAACUAAAUGCAAGUUCUUCUUUCAAAGCUAAGGAGCCUGCGAAAGAUGGUGGAGGGUCGACACAUAUUGCAGCCCAGACAUUUGCAUUUAGAGAACUUGCUGCUGCUACUAAGAAUUUCAGGGGAGAAUGUCUUCUCGGAGAAGGAGGAUUUGGAAGAGUAUAUAAAGGGAGAUUGGAGAGUUCUAAUCAGGUUGUAGCAAUAAAACAACUCGAUCGGAAUGGAUUACAAGGAAACAGAGAAUUCUUAGUUGAAGUGUUGAUGUUAAGUCUGCUUCAUCAUCCAAAUCUCGUUAGUCUAAUUGGUUACUGUGCGGAUGGAGAUCAAAGACUUUUAGUUUAUGAAUACAUGUCACUUGGAUGUUUAGAAGAUCAUCUUCAUGAUAUUUCUCCUGGCAAGAAACGACUGGAUUGGAACACGAGAAUGAAAAUAGCAGCCGGGGCAGCUAAAGGGUUAGAAUAUCUACACGACAAAGCAAGCCCUCCUGUUAUAUACCGAGAUUUAAAAUGCUCGAAUAUUUUGCUCGACGAGAAGUUUAAUCCCAAGCUAUCUGAUUUCGGUUUAGCCAAACUCGGGCCAGUAGGAGACAAUACCCAUGUCUCGACUAGGGUUAUGGGUACGUAUGGAUAUUGUGCUCCUGAAUAUGCAAUGACAGGUCAGUUGACUUUGAAAUCGGAUGUGUAUAGUUUUGGAGUUGUUCUUUUAGAGAUCAUAACCGGAAGAAAAGCUAUUGACAAUUCAAAAACUGGAGGAGAACAUAAUCUGGUAGCUUGGGCUAGACCUUUGUUUAAAGAUAGAAGGAAAUUCUGUCAGAUGUCGGAUCCUCUUCUUCAAGGUCAAUAUCCGUCAAGGGGUUUAUAUCAAGCUCUUGCGGUUGCAGCUAUGUGUGUUCAAGAACAACCGAAUAUGAGGCCAGUUAUAGCUGAUGUUGUGACGGCUUUGAGUUAUCUUGCUUCUCAAAAGUAUGAUCCUGAAACUCAGCCAAUUCAAAACGGACAUUGGUCUCCUUCAACUCCAACUAGAAACCGUGAAAAGAGGCUUACUAGCGGUGGCAGCAGUAGCGGUAGUGGCUACGAAAGAGACCGAACCAGAAAACUUAUGUAAGUUGUUGUUUUCGAGUUGUGGGGAUACAUAUGAAUCUUUCUUGUUUUCAUACCUGGAGAAAGAGUAAUAUUUAUUUACAUUUUGAUGAAAUGGUUGUGUGUAUGUAUGUAUGUAUUUAUGGCUUGUUUAUUGAGACAAUUUUUGUUUUUUUUUACCUAAGGUUUAGCAAUUUAUGUUGUUUGAUUGUACAGAGUUAUAUUAUUGUCUAUAUUCAGUGAUUUGUUGGGUUAUGUAAGAGAUAAACAAUGAUGAUAUUUUGCAAUAUGCAGUUUCUUGUUUUUGACAUAC